CACCAGCUGGCGCGUGCGUGAAGGAUACGCCAACGCCGCAAACCGACCACUCCAUCUUCCCGGGCAAUAAAACCCCAGUAACUCAUCGGCGUCUCCUCCCCCGCUUCCCAGAGCAAUCCAUCCCCAGAGUUCUGGAAUCCCACUUCCUGAUCUCCAUCUCCCAGCAUCUCCGCGCGCGCCCCAUCGCGAUCUCGGCUCCGCGGCUGCCUCGAUCGAUUCCCCCAAGGCCGCAGGUGCUCCCCAUCCUCCCUCCUCGCUCGAUCCGCACUCCUCUCGACUCGUCGCCCCUUCGGAUCCCGUUGCGAUGCUGAGCCUGCCUCCUCCGGCCCCACCCGCGGCGGCGGCGGUGGCGGUGGCGGCGGCGGCGGCGGCGGCGGCGGCGGAUGAGAAGCGUCCCUCGCCGCCGAUGAAGGCGAAGCUGCUUUUUCCGUACGCCGUGUCCUGCGUGUUCGGCGGCAUGCGCCGCGCCUGGGGCAUGGCUCUCGUCGGGCUCCACGCCUUGACCCGUGUCGUCAAGGUCGUCUCCUUCACGACAGACGCAGAGGAGGUUCGCUUCUUGGUACCGAUCUUCCACGGCUGGGUGUACCUCGGCAUCGCCGCCGUGGUGCUCGUGACGUGCGUGGACAUCAUCUACUACACGACCCUGAGGUGGCCCGCUUCUUGACACUAAUCUUCCGUGUGUGGGUCUACUUUGGCAUCACUGCCAUGGUCCUCAUGACGUGCGUGGACAUCGGUCACUACUUGUAUGGUUUGUACACCUUGAUGUUCCAUCCGUCACAGCAGCAGCUGGCAGCGGCAGAGGUGCUGCUCCCGCCUCCACCUCCGGAGAUGGACAUGUGCUAAAUUUGGUCGGUGGGUUCGGUAUGUCUUUGAUUGCUGGCGUCAGGUGCGUUUUCUAACCCGUUCUUCAGUCUCUGUUUUAGUUGCUUACUUACAGGUGUUGCUGCUCUCCUUGCUCAAGGUACAUGCCCUUCCCUUCUCAGCCCUAUCUUCGGUUCAGCACUUUUAAUGCACAUAUUGCUUAACUAUACAGCUACAAGUAUCUGAAACAUUAAGUUUUGAAACAGAAAACAUCUUGAUUUUAGGUUCCAUAUAUAUAGUGUAGUUGUCUGUGGCCCAUAUGAUUUGGUGCAGAUUUCGCUGCUUGUGCUAGACAUUCUGUUUUCAAUUUGUUUAGGCACCACUAGAAAUUGUAAGAUGCUUCAGGUGCUUCCUGUUUAAUAGCUAUUAAAUGGUAUGUUUUUUUCAAGUUUAUGCUCAAUCUAUCUUUUAUAAAACAACUUAUCCACAAUGUGUUCAUACUUCAGUAGUUGCAUUGUGGGAGCACUCCAGUGGAUAGAAAUUUGUUACUUAUUGUUCUAGUAUGCUUUUCCUUGUUUAUUACUCUCUGUAUUUUGUGUUAUUUGUGAUAAACAGGCUUUGUGAGGAAAGGAUCAAUGAGAAGGACCAGUCGUGCUGAAAAGAUUUGCUUUGUCUUGCCUACCUGCCGAAGUAAAGAUAGAGGACAAAUGGUGGCAAACAUCAGUAAAAGCACAUCACUUGACGGAGCUGAACGUGACCAUCACAGAAAAAGUGGAGUAAAAGAGCAACCUGUUGAGUGCCAAAAUGCGAUCGCGCUAAAUCAGGACAGAACAUGUAGAGCUAGAAAAUACUGCAAACCAAGUGGGAGAAGACCCAAGUUCGAAGUUUUAACUGCAAUAGCUAUAUUUCAUAGUUUGUUUAGUAUCUUUAUUAGGAAAGAUUUUGAAUAAGAUAUGGUUUUUUAUGUCUCUAAUAGAAUUUCAGUUGCCAUUGUCUGUCCUGGAGUAGUGCUAUAAAUAAAUUUGUUUGGUUUCA